AUGAAGCUAGAUGACACACUUUUGGCGUAUCGAACUGCAUUUAAAACACCAAUAGGUACUUCACCUUAUAGAUUAGUAUAUGGGAAGGCAUGUCAUCUUCCCGUGGAGUUGGAAUACAACGCUUUUUGGACAAUCAAGGAGCUUACCAUGGAUUCUAAGGUUGCGGGAAAACUAAAGUCUAGGUGGUUAGGCCCCUUCACUGUCACUAAGGUGAACAAGUUUGGUUCGGUUGAGCUAGUGAAUAACGAAGGUGAAGAGUUCAAGGUGAAUGGCCAACGAUUGAAGGUGUAUCAUGAGGGCGCUACUGUUAGAGAUGUGGAGGAAACCCUCCUAACUCCACUUCCAUCAUGA